AUGCUGCUGCUAGCGCUUUUGGCGGCUGUGCCACUCGUUUCGGCCGGCACCUGCGGCUCCUCCGGAAUCCCGUUCAGGUUCGAAGUGCUGCCCUCCGGUACGCCUGUCCUCGGCUGCGGCGCUCCAUCCUGCUUCGGAGCUGAAAACGCCGGUCGCGACCUCAGACACGACGCUCUUUUCAAGGUUAGUCUCUUUUUCCCAGCUGUCGGCUUGAUUUCAGCUCUUUCUCUGUUACAGAGCGGUCCGGAAGGAGACGACGGCUUUUUCCGCCAAGGAGAUCUUUCUCGUCCGCGAGUCCGCCACGGAGAUGCUCCGUCUCAGGUGAAGCACGAGUUGCAAGACAAACAAAAUAACAUGCCAUUACCAGAUGGCAAACUGUCCUCGAACUUUCGACUCGAACACCUGCUCUAAUCCACUCACGUGGGUUGGAGGAUUCGAAGCCAAUGAGGAUGGAGAGUGAGUUUCGCCAACAUCUGUCUGAUUCGCAAUAAAAAUUCGUUUUGUUUGAAACGAAAAGGAAGAACUUUUAUGGAAAGUUUUAGGAGUUUGAUAAAUUUAAAGGCACAUGGCCAGUGAAAAUAUGGUGUUUUACUUAUGAUCCUCAUGUGCAGAGACUUUAUCGCGUUUUGAACGGUUUGGUUGAAAGUUCACAAAAGUUUAUACGUUUGGGAUUUAAGAACUAAAGUACAAACUGAAAAAUCCGAAUAGCCAAAUUUUACAGCAAAGUUGCUCCAUUGACAAAUAUUUUCUUUUUUUCCCUUUUUUUUAUUUUUUUCCUUUUUUUUUGUCCUCUGAUUGAAACUGGCCCUUUGAUAAUCUUCACGAUUUUCAUAAAAUGUCAUAGAUUUGCUCUGAAAAGUUUCCGCGUUGAUAAUUUUUUUCGGCCUUAACUUUUGUUUUUAAUGUUAUCUGUAGCCUUUGAUUCAGAUUUUGAAGAAAGCUUAUGGCGUGUUCAUCGGAAAAAAAAAAACGAAAAUUGCUCAAAACAAAAAUUGGUACUGUUUCGGAGCAACUUUGGCGCGCCGACUAACACGAUUUUUCGUUUUGAAGCAUGUUUCGUUUCUCCGAUGAAAUCUCCAUUUUUUUUUCUCAAUUAUGAACUUUUCGGAUUUUUUCGGACAGCUGUGCAAAGCUCAAACUAAACAGUUUUGGAAAAAAAAAAUUUUGGAAUCUCAGUUCCGAAAUCAAGUUUCGAGUGUUUGAUGAGUAGUUGACUUUUCAAAUGUUGAAAACGCUUGCUGGAAGUUCCUUGAGUUUCUUUUUGCAGACUACGUCUUCAGUGCUGCAGCUAUGAAGGACUUCGUCACGCGGCAGAAGUUGGUCGGCCCAUCGUACAUCCUGGAGAAGUUUACAGCGGCGGUGAGCGUCUCUUUACAAAAACCGACGAAAACGAGUCCUUUUUCCAGGAGAAGUUCUGCGCGACGGCCGUCAGACUGGCUUCGAUGCGAUUUCCAACAUCAAGAAGAUCGAGACGGCAGAUGGAUCGUGAGUAAACCUUUUCCUGCAGUAGAUAUGGGAUCACAGAAUCGCAUACGAAGUGACUGUCACUCGGAUGAACUGCCUUCCUGACCCUCCAGAGAGCACCAACUCCGGUUCGUGCUGCUCAAAUUCUUCCUAGACCUCCCUUGUUUAGUUUCCUUUGACGUUUCCCGCGACAUCGGCAGAAUUCUCGACAAGGUCGAUGAGAGCAACUCCGCCCGUGGCGUUCAGACCAAUGAAAUUGUUGUUAGUGAAGCUUUCGACUUUGCUUGAAUAAUUGUCAAUUUUCAGGGUGAUCAACGACUUUCGCCCUCCGGAGGAGGAGUCCAAGGAGAUCAGUACAACGGCGGAGCUGCUGCGGAUGACUCUUAUGUCGCUCCUGCGCAAGAUCCCGGGCAACAGCCUGAGCAGUUUGUUCAGGUAUGAUAUUUUUCGAAGAUUUUCUUUCUUUAUCAACUCAGAUUUUUUCUAAAAAUACUUAAGCGGGAUAUUUUUUGAACUAUUAAGCUUAUGAGAAUCAUUGAAAAAUGAAAAAAAACCUCAAAGAAACAAGAAUAUGAAAAUUUUUUUCAUUGAAAUAGAGCACAUUGUUGGGAAGAAAAAAAUCUACGUGAGCUUCACUUACUUUAACUUCGACACUCUCAUCCAACACUGAACAUUGAAAAGAGUUACUAGUUUGAAAAGUUAGAAAGAGUUUUUGAACGAUCAGCUAGAUUAUUCGAACAGGGCGCUUUUUGAAAAACGAAGGAUAUUACAGGUGGGAGAGCAAGUGAUCCCCGUGACUUCUGCCGGCUACUAUUACCCAGUGGCGUCUGGCGUUCCGGCCUGCUUCACGGGCGACGGCAUCGUCCGCACUCCAGAAGGCCCGAAGCAUAUGCGCGACGUCCACGUCGGCGACCUGCUUCUGACGGCCGAAGGCAACGGCACGCAGUUCACACGCGUCGCUUCUUUCAUGCACAGACUUCCGGAGACGCGAGCCGCCUUUGUCAAGCUUCAGGCUGGUGACCACGUCAUCUCCCUCACUCCGCAGCAUUUCAUUUACAAGGUUCGGGUUGCGCUUUCCUGGAUCUUUCGUUCCAAGCUGCGAUUUAGGCUGAUUGCGACUCUCAAAUCACCGAGUUGGUCUACGCUGAAGACGUUCGUGUUGGCGAUUGCUUGUUGAUCAACAAGGAACAAGGUAAACUACUUCUCCUUUCCACCGAAUCCUGAAGAACUUCAGCGCUUCUCCCUACCGAAGUCACCAACAAAUCAAUUUUCUAUGAAACUGGCGUCUACGCCCCCAUGACCGAAACUGGUAAUUUUAUUUUUCUUUUGCUUAUUUUUCAAAAAUUCAACUGGAAUUCCGAUUUUCAUUUUCUAUCAAAGUUUAUUAUAGAAAGGAAUAUUGAGGUUUGAUCAUUUGAAGCUUCAGAGGAGACUAUCUUCUCUGAGCAUGUAGGAGUUUGAAACCAACCUGAUUUUCUAUCAACCCAAAUAACUAGUUAAAUCCCAUCGCCCUGAAGCUGAAGUUGGAAGACUUACGAUUCUUAUACGCCCUGUGGAUAAUUUUUAAUUGUUUACUUUUUUACGCGGAGAGCAAAACAAGGAAUAAAUUAUGUCAAUGAGCGGCGGGGUGGGCCCUUUUUUGUAACUUUUCUUAGGCCUAUUCUCGAGCUCUUUUCUCGUAAGCUCCAAAAAAAAAAAACGCAUGUUCGGAAUGAAAAUGAUGUGCUUUAAGGUGAUCUGAUCGUGGAUGACGUGUACGCUUCUUGUCACAACGUCAUCAAGGCCAACACUCUCUCACACACUUUCCUCUCUCUGGCGUCAGGGUUCCAGCAAAAGGUGAGUAUCUGGAAUUCACAAACCUUACUUUUACCAUACUAAAAUACGACGGUGAUUGCAGUUCCGCAACUUUUUGGGAUCUGUGGACAACGGCCAUCUGCCGGCGACGUCCGAAUUCUUCCUCCACGUCAUCGACGUCCUUCUGCCCAUGAAGUACUGA